GCAAAUGGCUCUCAGCCCCACGAGCCCAACCUAGCCACCAGAUCGACGAAACAAUGCUGCGGUGACGAUUCUAAUGGAACCAACGCCGUGAGACCAGCGCUGAGAUAGUUAAGGCCGGCACGCCAGCGUUCAGGCUCAUGGCAGCAACAACACUUUUGCAUCGAUUUCUCCUCAUAUGCGCGGCCACGGCUUUCAACAGGCCACAUGAUCAUUGGUCUCACCGCCUGCUACAUUUACGCGCAGCGCUGAGCCCUACCGAGGCCCACGAAAACAUACAAACGGUCUACGACGGCGUCAUCGACGUGCGCAUGAGCGCCGAACACCGCCUGGAGGGGCGCAUCGUCGACAGUAUUUGUAUACCGGCGCAGCUCUGGGAACACGGCAUGUACCUGCCGAGGCAUGCGUUCGUGCCCGACGUAUUGGAGCAAUUCGAGACCGACUGCUGCCUCCUGUGCGUCUGCGGCGACGGCCGGAGAUCGGAGCUCGCGGCGCAACAGCUCGCGGCCGCCGGAUUUUCGGUAGACUACAUCGACGGCGGUCUCAACGCCUGGGCCGAGCAGUCCCUCGAACUAGAGAUUGAGGACGACGGCGGAUUGGUUGGGAGCUAUGUGUAAACAAUUAACCAAAAU